AUGACGUUCAAGGGCAAAGUAAGGCUGAUGGUCAAUAUGGAGAGAUUCAUCAACUCGGGAAUGCUCCACAAGGGUUAUUAUUAUGUGAGGGUGGAGGUGAAUCCACGUUUUGGAAAGGUGAAUAGAAGAAAUCAUCAACAAGAAGAAAAUACUCUUCAUCAUCAUAGUAGGGAACAUAAAUACAAAAAGGGUUCUUCUGCCUCUCACAAUAAUUCUCAUAGUAGUUGUAGCAAUAGUAAUUUACAUCAUGAUGGAUCUAUUGAUGCUUCCUUAUCGGAUUUUCAUAUUAAUUCCUUUAUUUUGCAUUCAUCAAAGGAUGGAAGAAGUGGCAAAUAUGAUGCUAAUCAUGUAAAUAAUAAUUCAGCCUCGGACUUUUCUGUUCGUUUUGUGGAUUCAACAGCAAUAAUAACCAGUCCUCCAACACCACCGAAUGCUACUGUUCUGAGUCAAUCAUUGAUGAGGAAUGGUAUUGAUUUGAGUAUGAAUCAAACUGUUAAGGAAGAGACAACAAGAGUUUAUAACAAUUCAAAACUGAGUCAAGUUUUCUAUAUCAGAUAUAGAGAACAAGAGGUUUUAUUGAAUGAGGUUUUCAUCUUUGAUUUUACUGCAGAUAUUGCAAUUUUGUUAAAGCAUAAUUUAAUUGAUAUUGAUUUUCAAUUAUUUCAUCUUCCGAAGGAUAAGGAAGAAGUUCAACGAGAGGAAAAGAAAUUCGAGAAGGCAAUGCACUCAAACAAGUACGAAUACAAGAUCAAACAAUUGGAUGUCAAUGAUUUUGUAAAAGUUGCAGACAGAACAAUCACCAUUAGAAAAGCAAUGAGAGGAUACAAUAUUGCCUAUCCAGCCAUCUUUGAAAAUUGGUAUUACAGUAUUGUAAAGUCUUCAAUCCAUUGUGUAAUGAUUGACGUUUCGUACGGCAGUGAUAUUCCAAGGUCAUUGGAAGAUUUUACGUUUUUGAAGAAUCAGGAAGUGGUUGCAUCAAAGAUGAGUUGCUCAUCACCUGUAAUUGAAAUUGAGGAGAAUAAGGAUCCAGAGACUGAAUUCGAUGAGACUUGGUUCUCUAAUAUUUCGUCCUACGAGAAGAAUUUAAUCAAGAUACUGAACAUUCUCUUUCCAAGUUUGUUGAAAAGAAAUAGGAGGUGGAAAAAGAAGGAAAUUGUGGCUUACACUCUGGAAAUCACAAAGGAGAUUCUCAAUUGCCUCAUGGGUUCAAGAAUAUCGCUCAUGACAAUAGGAGAAGAGAAGAAGUCGAACAACAUUGACAAAUCAGCAAGUACUAUGAAUGUAUCCUCCAGCACAUCAAUUUCCGUAUCUGAUAUUCCAGAACUUAAUAUUGUUUCACCUACUGAUUCUGAGGUUCCUCCCUCCCCAUCGAAAAAGGUUCCCCUUUCAGGAAAGAGAAGAAAAUCCUACUCUGAUAUUCAUUCAAAAAUUCAAAGUUUGUCAUCACCAGUGUUACCAACUCUGAAUCUAUCAACAGCAAGUGGUAACACAACAACAAGAAAUACUCAACCACCAAUGCCAACAACAAAUUCAUUAAGAGAGCUUGCCUCCACAAGUGGAUUAUCAAAUCAAUACCAUCAUAUAUUGGAAAGAAAAGAAAACAAGGAAGUGGAACAAUUUUUAGACGAGCUGAGUGCUCUCAUUGAGUCUGUUGGAAAUGUUGAACUAAUUCCAGAUCUUAUUAUCACCAAAUUUACACCAAUUCUUGAGAGUAUUGAAGAUUUAUGGUAUUGUCAACAAAACACCAUAGUGAACGAUCCUAAAACUUUGGUAGAUAACUUGGAAAAACAUUUUAUACAAAGAUUUGAAAAGUUUUGGAAUGGAGAUAGUGACCAAUGUAAUCAAUCCGUGUUUGGAGGUUCCAUUAUUAAUGAUCCGUACCCUGAAAAGACAUGUAUCACCACCUCAAUUGAUAAUUUGAUUGAUAAUAAUUUAUUUUUCUAUCCAAGAUUUUCCAAGUUUAGUUUAAUUUCAGAAGUUUCAGAGCCAGCAGAGCCAUUGUUUUCAGUGGCCGAUAUAAUGGGUGAUGAUCUUGAACCACAAUUAAUACCCAAGGAUGAAUAUAGAGAAAUUGAAAAGAAAGGACUAUUGGUUGGAGAAAAGGUAGAUGCUGGAGCACUUACAAAGAAUCACUUAAUUAUCUUUAUCCCUGGCUACAAGUCCAGUCAUUACGAUUUUGUUACAUUUAAAACAAUCCUUGGCCUUCACUUCCCAGAUGAUAGACACCAGUUUUAUAUUGUCAAAUCUCUUGAUAAGCUGCACACUAAAGAUACUUCAAGUGAGCUCCACAAUGCACCAAUCAAAAUAAUGGCCAAACUAGUAACUGAUGAAAUUACUCAAAUGAUUCAGGAAAAUGAAAUCUUCUUCCACAAAGUUAGUUUCAUUUGCCACUCACUUGGUGGAAUAAUUAUGAGAUCAGCCUUCUAUUACUUUAGACCAAGCUGGAAAACUGUCUUUCCAUACUUGCAUACCUUUGUGAGUUUGUCGGUGCCUCACCUUGGUAUUGGUCCAAUUAAAACACUGAUUAACAAGGAUAACGAGAGUUUUGCCUCCAAUAAUUUAGUAAGGGCUGGAAUUUGGUUUUUGAAAUCCUUUAAAAAGGAGAAAUGUUUACAAGAAUUAUCCAUGGAGGAUCAUUCUGAUGUAAAAGAUUCGAAAGAUAACAAGACCAAUUAUGAAAGCCACAAGUUAGAACAAUGCUUGCUAUUUAAACUUUCAAUGACAAACGAUUUGUCAUGGUUCAAACAAGUCUUGCUGAUUGGAUCAGAACAAGACACAUACGUUCCAAUUGAGUCUGCAUUGAUUUGGUCUGAUAACAUUUCAUUUGGAAAGAAGAGUAACAAGAAAAAGUCUUCCAAAGAUGUUCUGGAGAGAAUGAUUUCCAAUCUUCAGGAAACCUUCUCCUAUGUGAAAAUUAUCAGAUGCAAAUGCGAUAUGAGUAAUCUUUUCAGUAAGAGUGAAAAGAAGGAAUACUCAUCUGUACAGGUUUUUAAUAAGAAGCAUAACUCUGGUGAUUUAUAUGAAGAUGUUUCGUCUAUUGGAACUUAUUCCUUUAUGAAACCAGAAACUGGAGACGAUAGUAGUGAAGAUGAAAAGGAAGAGGCCUUUGAUGGUUCCAAAAAGAAGAAGAUUAACGCCUCAAUUAUAGAUAGAAUGACCAAAAAGAUGAACCACACAGCUUACCUCAAUCACGUUGGAUUGAUUAAUGGUAUUUGUUGUGCGUUUAGAAGUUAUCUUGAUUAA